AUGUCUGUUUCUAGCGAUUCCGAGAACUCAGACGCAGCCGGAUGGCUGGAUGUAGAGCCCGAUCAGGAACAAAUUACGUUUGUGUCACUCUUUGACGCAGAGACUUUCUCCAGCAUCGAAGACCUUCUCACUCAUUGCAAAACUCAACACGCAUUCGACCUGGUCGCUACCAUUCACCGCCUCGGACUUGAAUUCCACGAUGCCAUAAAGCUCAUUAACUUUAUUAGAGCCUGUACGCUCGAGAAGAAGAGUCUGCCCCAGGUUGUUUCGGUCCAUGACUUCUCCGACGACAAGUAUCUCAAACCGGUACUUGAGAACGACGCCCUGCUCUUUUCGUUGGACGAGAUCCUUCCCGAAGUCCCUGAGAAUAUUGAAAACGCCUCGCCUGAGAAAAGCUCAUCACCAGAAACCAGAAAUAAAGAGCUCGAGGCUGAAUUAGCCGCUGUUAACGAGCGAUUUGCUAGCUACCGAAUGGCUGUUGAGGAGACACUGGACAAGCGCUGGGGCGAUGAGAACGAGGCUGGAAAACCAGGAAGCGAAAAGAAAAAGGACUCUUCUGAUUACUACUUCGAGUCGUAUGCCUACAAUGACAUCCACGAAACUAUGCUCAAGGAUGAGGUUCGCACCGACGCAUAUCGUGAUUUUAUCUACGAGAACAAGCAACUGUUCCAGGGGAAGAUAGUUCUUGAUAUCGGAUGCGGUACAGGCAUUUUGAGCAUGUUCUGUGCGAGGGCUGGUGCAGCGCAGGUUAUAGCUGUCGACAAGUCAGACAUCAUCGACAAAGCCCGAGAGAACGUGUUCAACAACGGGCUAGCGGGCACCAUUACUUGUCUCCGUGGUGCUAUUGAAGAUGUCAAGCUCCCUGUUGAUCAGGUCGACAUCAUUGUCAGCGAGUGGAUGGGCUAUUGUCUGCUGUACGAGGCCAUGCUACCUAGCGUCCUAUACGCUCGUGACAAAUACCUCCGACCGGAUGGCCUCCUUGUGCCCAGCUCCGCUACCAUUUGGGUGGCACCCGUUCGAGACUCGGAAUUCGUCACAGACACAGUGUCAUUUUGGAGAGAUGUUUACGGGUUCGACAUGAAGGCCAUGCAAGAGUGCAUCUACGACGAGACCAGGAUUCUAAACAUGCCGCCCGCUACAGUUUGUGGUACACCCCAUCCAUUCAAGGUUCUGGAUCUUCACACUGUCAAGCCGGAGGACUUGUUCUUCACCGCGACUUGGGAGUCUCAGCUGCCAGCACCUGAAACGACACCCGAGGUAUUCGUGAAGCAGAAAUCUGGCUAUGUGGCUUUCACUACUGGGCCUUUCGGAAAGGCAACACAUUGGAAGCAGGGGCUUUUGCUCCAACCCCCCACAGAGCUGAAAGCCUCGCAGCCGAAAAUCACAGGCCAGAUCGUCUUUUCUGCCUUGGAGGAAAAUGCUAGAGCUCUUGACAUUCGGCUGACAUGGGCUGAAGAAGGCCGGGAGGAGGAGAGCAGAAGCUGGAAGUUGAAAUGA